AUGAUUACAAGAUAUAAAAUACGUAAUACGUCUACAACUGUACCCUGUCCUUCUACAUCUUCUUUAACUGUGCCCUCUUCUACUGUGCCCACUUCUACUGUGCCUCAUACAACUGUGCCCACUUCUACUGUGCCUCAUACAACUGUGCCCUCUUCUACUGUGCCUCAUACAACUGUGCGCACUUCUACUGUACCUCAUACAUCUGUGCCCACUUCUACUGUGCCUCAUACAACUGUGCCCACUUCUACUGCGACUCUUACAACUGUGCCCACUUCUACUGUGCCUCAUACAACUGUGCCCUCUUCUACUGUGCCUCAUACAACUGUGCUCUCUUCUGUGCCUCAUACAACUGUGCCCACUUCUACUGUGCCUCAUACAACUGUGCCCACUUCUACUGUGCCUCAUACAACUGUGCCCACUUCUACUGUGCCUCAUACAACUGUGCCCUCUUCUACUGUGCCUCAUACAUCUGUGCCCUCUUCUACUGUGCCUCAUACAACUGUGCGCACUUCUACUGUGCCUCAUACAACUGUGCCCACUUCUACUGUGCCCUCUUCUACUGUGCCUCAUACAACUGUGCCCACUUCUACUGUGCCUCAUACAACUGUGCCCACUUCUACUGCGACUCAUACAACUGUGCCCACUUCUACUGUGCCUCAUACAACUGUGCCCUCUUCUACUGUGCCUCAUGCAAUUGUGCCCUCUUCUGUGCCUCAUACAACUGUGCUCUCUUCUGUGCCUCAUACAACUGUGCCCACUUCUACUGUGCCUCAUACAACUAUGCCCUGGAGUCAGAGAUCCAAUAAUGAUCCUAUUGAAAAUGGUUUUACAAUUCGAAGAAGCCCUCUCCCAGUCAAUUUGGAGAGAACUUUCUGA